AUGGUGCAGGUUACUCCCGUCGUCCGCCCAAAGAUCGUCAAGAAGAGGGUGACGAAGUUCAAACGUCACCAGUCGAACCGUUUCAAGCGUGUCCCGGAUUCAUGGCGUCGCCCGAAAGGUAUUGACGGACGCGUGCGCCGAAAGUUCAAGGGUGCCAUUAAGAUGCCGAACGUCGGCUAUGGCUCCAACAAGAAGACGCGUCACUUGCUUCCGAACGGCUUUUACAAGUUCGUGGUCAACAACGUGGCCGAGCUGGAGGUGCUGCUUAUGCACAACCGCAAGUACUGCGCCGAGAUCGCUCACAACGUGUCGGGCCGCAAGCGUCGCGAGAUCAUUGAGCGCGCUGAACAGCUGAAUGUUCGCGUGACGAACCCGGAUGCUCGUGUGCGCGCGGAGGAGAACGAGUAA